UUAAACAAUUGAAAUCAUCUGAAGUUGUCACCUGAGUGAAUGGAAGCAAGUAGUGAAAUUUCUGCAGCAAUAUUAGCAUUGCUCAGCAUUGGAUUUGUCAUACUUUUUGGAUACAUGACAGUCUAUUGUUAUAUACAAUGGCAUAAAAGAAACAAAGUUGAAUCAGAUUUAGGUGAAAGUUGGCUAGAUGCUGAAAGAAAACCUUUAAUACCAGGUCGGUUCCAUGCACAGGGAGUUCAGCCUUAUGGUCCAGAUGAUGAUGUCGACUCAUUAAAUGGAGAAGAUUUUUAUCAGAACGAUGACAAGGAAUUAAAUCCUCUGGCUCGCAUAAUUUUUGUUAUGCGUUAUGACAAAAAAAGAGAAGAAUUGAUGGUACGGCUUGUUCAAAUUGAAGGUCUUCCUGUUAGUCAUCAAAUAUACUCACCCAAUUCUGCAUAUGUUGAUGUGCAAUUAAAAUACACAGGUUCUCAAAACUCUAAUGAAAAUCUCAAUGAAGUAACAAGACCCCCACGACUUGAUAUUUGCUUACAGCAGGUGUAUUACUUUAUCAUUUCUGAGCAGCAGAUGCUUACGCAUUCACUAGAGUUUCGGAUUAAUACCUUUGAUGAACAAUUUCGUAAGUUUGUGUCUGGUCUUGUAGAAUUUAAUUUGUCUUAUGAAAUGGGUGAGGAUAUACUUACUGGCACUGAGGUUGUAUUUGUGAAAGAUAUUCUGCAACCACUAAAGAUAAAAGAUAUGUCCACACACGAUGAAGAGACCAUAAGUCAUAAUGAUCAUCGUUCAAGUUAUAUUGAAGAAAACAAUACAAAUAGUGAUGCAAGCAUGUCUCAUUGUUCUUCUAACGAAUCUUUAAAAUGGGAACCAGAAUCUAGCAUGCUCUCUUUAGACAAUUUUUCUUUUUAUAAAAGCGAACAAAAUUUAUCAGUUCCACUUUCAGAUAGUAAGCGAUCCCAUAGUAUUGGAUAUUUACCAACUUAUGAAUGGAAUAUCCAAGAAGUUCCAAUUGAUAUAGAAAGUGAUACUACCCCAACAGAAUCAAAGAAGUUUGCACCACACUCUAAAAAGUUGAACACUGUAAUAAAAUUACCUCCAGAAAAAACUACUCCUCCUCCUGAAAAAUUUUAUCAUAUUGUCCCCGUCACACCAGGUCAUAGUUUGCCGUUUGAACAACAAGGUAUUGAAGAAAAAACAAAUAAGCAACUUACUUUUAAAAAAAAAAAUAAACUUACUCAGUUAGCUAGCUUUAGACGAUCUACUCCAAAAUCUAAACUAAGCAAAAGCAGUCAUAAAAAAUCAAACCCGUCUCUUCAACAGGUAAAAAAAAGCGAAGUUCCAAGCAAAAAAAAUUUAAAUGAUAAAGUUGGUAGUACUUCAGGGUCUUCUAAGAUUCAAUCAAAUAAACAAUAGUAGAGAUAUUACAGUAUGUGAUUUAAAGUUUCUACACUAUGUUCCUAUUUAUAUAAAUAUAUAUAUUAUUUGUAGUAAAUAUAAUAUGAUAGCAUUCAUCUGCUAGAACAUGUUAAAGUUGCUUAUUUCUAAAAGAUUAAGUACAUGCGCAAUUAUUAUAAAAAUGAAAGAAACAGCUUCAAUCAAAAAGUUUUCUGAAAUUCUACAAUAAUUUGUAUAAAGAUCGUUAGUCUAGCCUCUAGUGAAUUAAUCAUAAGUUAUCAUUAAUGUAAUUAUUAAUUAUAAAAUAGAGUUAUUAGUAGAAAGUUUUUUAAAAAGAAUCAUUAACUUACACCGAAAGUUUUUAAACGUGCGGUGUCGGUAAACAAUUUGCGAACAUCUAAAUUUUAUCUUGUUUAAAACCAUAAAAGGUUUUUUUUGAUUAAAGAAUCUAUGUUAUUUUUUGAUCAAAGAAUCUUUCUAAAAUUGAUCUGAAAUACUAUUGAAGUGGGUAUUUGCCUAAAAUAAUUUCUAUCAUAAAAGAUGUGGUAGGCGCAUUUUUUUAAUUUUGUUUAUAAAUAUUUAUUCGUAAUUUAUUUAUUUUUAUUGUUUUCUAAAGUCAUAAAUUUUAUUUUGAUGAUAUUUUUUUUACUGACUUUUUUUUUGUCACCGCAGGUUUCUUUCAAAGUAUUUGCUAAAACUAGUCUAAAACGUUCGAACAUUAUUUAUUACGCAACUGUGUAUUAUUAUUUGUUGUUAUACAUACGAAUAUUUUGUACAAUUUCACUGUGUUUUUUUUAGUACAGUAUUUUUAUUAUU